AUGGAAUUCAGGACACGGACUACUUUGGAAAGCAUAGGUGAUGCUCUGGGCAGGACGGUUUCUGUGGAUCUUGAGCAUUUACGUGUCCAUGUGGUGAUAGAUGCUUUCCAACAGCUCUGUUUUGAGACUACGGUGGACUUUAAAGGGGGAGAGUAUUAUGAGGCAGUGGAAGCGGCGAUCUCACUAAGAUAUGAGAAACUAUUUGGAUAUUGUCCAAUCUGUGCCAGUUUGUGUCACACAGAAGAUAAAUGUCCUCUUGCCAAGCCGGCGAUGAAGACAAGUCCAGACAAGAAGAAGGAAAAUAGAGAUGGUAAUGGGGGGUGGCAAGAAGGAGGGAAGCAUGCAGAUAGGGCUCGGAGUUACAAAGGGGUUGUCAUUAAUGGGAAUACGGGCUAUCAGCAGAAGGAGAGAGAUGGUAGAGACUAUUAUGGGAAGGGCAAAGGAAAAAUGGGUGAGGAGACUGACUUUAAGUGGGUGCGGGCGGCUGAGAAAGGGAACAAGGGAUCGGCCAACAAUCGUGGAAGCUACAGAGGGGAUGGAGAGGCUUCUAGACAGCGCAUGCCACGACGAGAGGAUUCAAGAAUGGCUGUCCAGGAGAGAAGUUCUAGGGGUGUCUCAGGACCGAUAGGAGAUCAACAGUUACAGCGAGGUUCAAAUGUAAAGGCUACGGAGAACAAGGCUGUCGAGGCUCCAGAGGAGGGUGAAAUCAAGGUUGUUGAGGCUUCCAACCAACAAUUACCUUCACAAACUUUUCAGGAGGAGCUCGCCAAGACUCAAGCGAUUGGAACAGAGGUCAUUUCAGAUCCCAUGGAUGCAGAAAGUGGGUUACAGGUGAUUCAAAGUCUGGUAGGAGAUUCAUCCACGCUCAAUGAAGAUAAGGUUAUGGAUAUGGAUGAGAUAAGAGAAGUUUUUCUUGCAAAUGGGAUUGAUAUGGAUGCUGUAGAUGAGCUACAGGAGUGCUCAGAAGGAGAGGUGGAGGAAGCAAUGAGAGAGCUGGACAGGGCUGGUAAUGAAGAUAUUCACGAGGAUGAGGCACUGGUUACUGCGGUGGAUGGCAAAGGCAUGACUGAUGUAGAAAUGGCAAAGCAACAUGGAACACGCAAACGGCUUUUUAAGCCAGCGGCUGGGACUGCGGUUAGUACAAAGAUGAGGAUGGCUAGCGUACGGGCUUCCCCACGUAAACGUACUGGAGUCAAAUCAGGAAUGCGCCAGGGGGAAAACAGUAAGCAAAUGGAUGCUAAGGGCACGUCAAACCCGAAGCCGGGACUCCCUAAACCAUAA